GGGGCGGAGAGCGGCGGCGGCGGUCGGCAAGGCGGCAGCGACAUGCAGCGGCGCGGUGGCUCGAGUACCGCGGUCGUGCUUCUGCUCCUGGUGGCGGCGCUGAUCGAUGGCUCGGACGCCAAUCCCUACGCCAAACGGCUGUACGAUGACCUGCUAAGCAACUACAACCGGCUCAUCCGACCCGUGGGAAAUAACACCGAGAAACUCACCGUCUGGCUCAAACUCAAACUCUCGCAGCUCAUCGAUGUGAACCUGAAGAAUCAGAUUAUGACGACCAACGUCUGGGUCCAACAGAAAUGGUUCGACUACAAGCUCAGCUGGAACCCGGCCGAUUACGGAGGAGUGGACAAGCUGUACGUGCCGUCCGAGCACAUCUGGCUUCCCGACAUCGUCCUCUUCAACAACGCUGACGGCAACUACGAGGUGACGCUGAUGACCAAGGCGACGUUGCGCCACGACGGCCAGGUGGUCUGGAAGCCGCCGGCCAUCUACAAGUCCUCCUGCGAGAUCGACGUGGAGUGGUUCCCCUUCGACGAGCAGAGCUGCGUCAUGAAGUUCGGCAGCUGGACCUACGACGGCUUCCAGGUGGACCUGAAGCACAUGGAGCAGAAGUCGGGCAGCAAUAUCGUGGACAUCGGGAUCGACCUCACCGAGUACUACAUGAGCGUCGAGUGGGACAUCCUCGAGAUCCCGGCCAAGCGGAACGAGGAGCUGUACGUGCAGACGCCGUAUCCAGACAUCACAUUCAACCUGACAAUGCGGCGGAAGACGCUCUUCUACACGGUGAACCUCAUCAUCCCCUGCGUGGGCAUCUCUUUCCUGACCAUCCUGGUGUUCUACCUGCCGUCCGACUCGGGCGAGAAGGUCACCCUGUGCAUCUCGAUCCUGCUGUCGCUGACAGUGUUCUUCCUGCUGCUGGCUGAGAUCAUCCCUCCGACGUCUCUGGCGGUGCCGCUGCUCGGCAAGUACCUGCUCUUCACCAUGGUGCUGGUGACGCUGUCCAUCUGCGUCACUGUCGGCGUGCUCAACGUCCACUUCAGGUCCCCAGCGACUCAUAAGAUGGCGCCGUGGGUGCGGCGUAUCUUCCUGUACCUGAUGCCGCGUCUUUUGCUGAUGAGGAGGCCUCUGUACGGUCCACGCCGGCAGAGUUUCGACCCCAAGACGCACCUGCAUGACCACGUGUGCACCGCCGGUGCAGAGUAUAUGUCCGGGGACACGUUCCGGGACCCGUACGCAGACGACUCCACGCCGUCUGCGUUUAAACUGAACGGUGGUUGUGGUGCACAAAAUUCAGAUAUAUUCGGGUGCACCAGCGAGGAGCCCCAGUACCCUCCGGAGGUACAGCGGGCGCUGGAGGGCGUCCAGUUCAUCGCCCGACAUAUCAAGGAAGAAGAUAAAACCAACGAGGCUCGCGAAGAGUGGAAGUACGCCGCACUCGUGCUGGACCGUCUCUUCCUGCUCCUCUUCCUGACCUCCAACAUCGCCGGCACGGCACUCAUUUUCCUGCGCGCCCCGUCCCUGUACGACUAUAGCCGGCCCAUAGAUAUCGACCAUAGCACCAUCGGCAUCUAUGCGCCGUCACCGGGCGAGCCGGAGGAUGUGGGCAUGUAUAACAUUGGCCCGUAGUGGCGCCGGCGGGCGCCGGCCGCCCACCCGCGAUCAUCCAGGACUGGAAGUACGUGGCCAUGGUGCUCGACCGGCUCUUCCUGUGGCUGUUCACUCUGGCGUGCGUGCUCGGCACGGUGGCCAUCAUAUUCCAGGCGCCGUCUCUGUACGACACGCGGGACGCCAUCGACUCGCAGUACUCCAAUAUCAAGGUGCCCACCACCGACCCCAGCUACGGCGGCUGAGCGGCUGGGCUGCUGGGCGGCUGGACGGGUGGCUGAGCAGCGCUGACCGCAGCUUGCAGCGACAAUAACCCUAUCACCCGGCAGCGAGCCGUGAAACGAGAAAACCCGUCCGGCACCCGUCAGCAGUCAGUCAGCGGUGGCAGCUUAGUCGGCAGGCGUCAGCGGUCAGCAGCGACGGACGCUCAGCGCCGGCCGUCAACAGUCAGCAGGUCACCAGCAGGGGGCAGCACUGCUGCCGCCGCGGCCGACUCCGGGCGACUGGACGGCGACCGACCGUAUACCGACUGCGUGGGGCGCCGGCUGUAUCACAGAGCGGCGUCUCCCGAGUCCACCUCCCUUCUCAAACUCUCUGACCGGUCACUGUGGACACUCCAAUGUACGAUGGCAGCGGUCCCCGCAGUCGGUCUGUGUGGGGUUAUCACCGUUCGGUGACUGUUGGCAAGUAGAGUGCAUGGGCAUCGUGCAUAGGUGGCCGGAAAGUGUAGCGAUGGGCGGAUUAAUGUCAAUGUGGGUCAGUGUGGAUCAAUAUUAGGCGAUUGAAAUCACAUGCUCGUAGUUUGCGGUUAACCUGUUCCUUUAUCUUUUCGGUGAAAACUAAGCAGGUCGUGUAAUCUUUUCGAAUGCUGACUUUCCAUAUUAAAAAGUAAGUUAUGAGAAGAUGAACGCCCAUCUUUUCGCCCAUGACAUCUUUUUCAUGUAGGCCGAUUUAACCUCAGCCCGUUUCGUAGCAGCUUUCGCUAGUUUUCUGAAAGUCAAAGUGAGAGCCAAAGUGAGAAUCAAAUUAAAAACAUGGCGACGCAAUGUGUGUGUAAAUGUACCUACAAUCUACAUGUAAUGUGCAUACGUGCGUAAGUGAUAUCUGUCCCAGAGACCAGACGGUGAGGGAUGUGCUCUAAGGUGCUUCCUUUAUGCUCUGAUAAAUAUCCAACCAGUUAUGAAUUCAAUUGUAGCUAUCGUGCUGGUUUCCAUGUUGGCACUAAUAUAAGCAAAAAUCAAUUAUAUGAAGAUGUAAAGCCAAACACAGUGUGAUUCACUUUCGAUUUAUGCAAUGUGCUAUUUCAAUGUAGGCAGUCUAUGUAUAACACUAUGUUCCUGUACAUAUGCGUGGAUUAGUUCUCUCUGGUUUCUGUGCAUCAUGUAAGCAAUCCUCUAGACCGUAGUAAACUGUAAAUAUGUCGGAGAAAUGUGAGAACUGUACAUAGCUACGCUGCAACCAUGGUGUGUGACAGUGCUGUUGGAAUGAUAACCAAGUGAUCGUGCUUCGCCGCACUGUUUGACCGUGCUUCGCUGCAACCAGUGACAUAUGCGACAGCUUUCUAUACAGGUGCCAAGUGUGUACCGUGCCAAGAUAUUUAUCAAUUGUUAAAUCAGUUUGUUGAUUGUUGAAUCCCGUGAUGCUGAUCUUCGUUUAGAUUGAGGUUACCUAGAUUUUGUAUGACGCGUUUAAUAGGUGACCUGUGUGAUGUCAACCUCUUGCUUCGUCUGGACACCUGAACUAUCAUCUUAACGGCGUUUCUAAGAAAAUGACAGAAAGAUCACAUCUGUUUUUAGCGUGGAUUACGUUAUCGUGAUGGAUGAUCAUAAACUUUAUGAGCUUAA